UGCUGUUCGUUUCGUUUUAGUGUUCGUUGGUGGAGGUUGUUCUGUGCGCCGUUUGUAAUUUUUCGUACAAUUUCUGGAACUACACUCUCGGUGAACCUUUGGAGUUACUUCCGCUUAACUUUUGGAGAACUUUCUGUGAAGUUAAACUUGUACUUGGUUAGCCGUUACUGCCAACCUUCCCAGCCUGUGUCUGCCCAGCUGCCCGACUGCCCAGCUUGUGUCUUCCCGGCCUUCCUGGCCUGUGUCUGCCCGACUGCCCAGCUUGUGUCUGCCUACCUUCCUGGCCUGUGUCUGCCCGGCCUGCGUCUGCUUAGCUGCCCGGCCUGUGUCUGCCCAGCUACCCGGCCUGUGUCUGCCCAGCUGCCCGGCCUGUGUCUGCCCAGCUGCCCGGCCUGUGUCUGCCCAGCUACCCGGCCUGUGUCUGCCCAGCUGCCCGGCCUGUGUCUGCCCAGCUGCCCGGCUGCCCAGCUUGUGUCUGCUCAGCUGCCCGGCUUGUGUCUGCCCAGCUGCCCGGCCUGUGUGUGCCCGGCUGCCAUCUUGUAUCUGCCCAGCUGUCCGUCUUGUAUCUGCUGAGACGGUAGUGCUGCUUUUAGGAGUUUAGGAAAGGAUUCGCAAACCGUAAAUACCAAUUUCAGUUCUUUUCUCUCUUUUUGGAGAAUAUGGCGUCUAACUGUGCCAGUUAUACGCCAUGCAACAUUGAUGUUUCCGACCUAACAGCGACCGAUUUGGAAUCGUUUCUGCUCUCCAUCAGCUUUGAUCCAAGCAUUGCUGCAAAACUGAAAGGAGAAGACAUUGAUGGAGAAUGCCUUCUGUCCUUGUCUGAAAAACAAAUAGAUGGAUUGAAUUUGUCUAUCGGCCAUAGCAUCAAAUUGCAAAAACUUUUAAAGAAUCUGGUGGUUGAAAGUGCAUCUGCUAUCUUGAGGAAAAGUGUCAACCAUUCUGGAAUAUGUGCAAACGACAGCGUAAUGGAUUUUGAAGAAAGAAACGAUGAUCUGAUUAGCGUAAUUGAAAAACUUACUGAAGUAGCGGCAGAUCCUCUUAGCAACUCUGAAGAAAAGUUUCCAGUCAUUUCGAUCUUGAAGGAGUCAACUGAUGGAAGACAAAUAGUAAAAUCAUUUAUGGAUCGUAACGAAGCGUAUUUGGAAAUAGAAGAAAGAAAAACUUUAGUCCGAAUACUGGUGAGCCAUAUGUGCAUGCUGUCUGGGAAAGAAGAUUUUUAUCCACCGAGCAGCCUAAAAGAAGAACUUGCAAAGGCAAUCGUUACAACUUUUCCAUGUUUGGCCAUCCCCUGUCACGAGGGCUCUAGCUUGACCAUUAUACCCACUAUUACAAUCCAAAACUGACCAACGGAUUCAUCGAUACCCGCUUGAAGACUAUGCGGACAAAGUCUGAGGUCUCAAGGAAAAAAAAAAUCUAAAUUUAAAUUGUAGGGGGCCGGCUAAAAAG